UUGAAUUGACGUAGCCUAUGAGGAUGGCAUCACCGAGUUUUUUCGCAGAAAACUCUUUUGAAAGACAAAGAAUGUAACUCCCGGAUAUAAAUUAAAGACCGUCAACGCAUAGAGGUUCGACAAAUUAAAGAUACAUGAUACACGUUUUCGGAAAUCUUUUCUUUCUUUGAGCUAGCUUCUUUUACAUCUUCGUCGUCGUCGUCGUUGCAUAUUGAUAUUCUUCGUCGUCCAAGAAAUAGAGAAAAGAGAGAUGGGGAGUGGGAUACUACAGGUGCUACUCCUCGAUGCGCAUCGCCUAAGAAACACAGAAUUGUUUGGUAAUAUGGACCCAUAUGUUGUGAUAAAAUAUGGAAAUGAAGAGCGCAAGAGCUCCGUUGCUCGAGGCCAAGGCAGGAAUCCGGUUUGGAACGAGAAAUUUACUUUCAAGGCGGAAUAUCCAGGGAAGAUUGUUGGGGCACACAAGCUCAACCUUAAAGUCAUGGAUAAGGAUACCUACACCGCCGAUGACUUUGUCGGUGAAACAACUAUCUACAUAAAGGAUGUACUAUCACUAGGAAUCGACGUUGGAAAAGCCGAGCUUCCACCAAGAAAAUACAGACUCGAGCUUGCCGAUAAGACCUACAAAGGAGAGAUUCGGGUUGGCGUCAGCUUCACCAUGAAGGUGCCAGAGGACGACGAUAUCGGUGGAUGGAAACAAAGUUGCUUCUAAACAACAGACUCGUCUGUAAUUCAAGUUUCUGCAAUUUGACAUGGACUUUGGUACUUUGCUAUAAGUUGUUUUUGUAGAAAUUUAUUUAAUUUUUUUUUCUGUAAAUUUUACAUGCAGUCCUGUACAUUGCUAUACAUCCAGGGGCGCAAUUUCUCA